AAAGCUUCUAGAAGCUUUGUCUGCGGGGCUCCACAGAGAUGCCGGUAGGCGGUAUGUAUACAUACAUCUUGGUCAGUGUUUCUAUCUUUGUUGCCGUCAAGUAUCAAUCGUCUUGAAUGUCCAAACACCAAUCACACCGUUCGUCGUUGGCCCAAACUCGAUUAAAGCCUCACUCAUCACUCUUUUCACUCCCAAAUUCUUACAUCAAAUUGGGUGACCUAAAUUUUCGGACUUGGGUCCAAAUUUGAUCAUCAGAUCCCCGGAGUGGUGUUAUUUUUUUUUGUCCCCCUCUCGACCAUCUUGAUAUUCCGAUCAAGGUUCACAUGGGUUUCUUCUGAAGAUGAACUACAAAAAUGUCAGUGGCACAAAUUGAAAAUAUGGGCACAUUAAGCAGUGAUCUCUUCUAUGACAUACUAAGACGCCUCGAUGGUGCGACCCUAGCAAGCGCAUCAUGUGCAUGUGCAGCAUUUAGUUCCAUGUCAAAAGAAGAAAGGUUAUGGGAAGAUGUAUGUUCUUCAAUGUGGCCUUCAACAAAAAGAGAUGAUGUCAAAAACCUGAUAUUAUCAAUUGGAGGGUUUAAAAAAUUCUAUGGAGAUUGUUUCCCUCUUAUUGUAAACAAGGAGGUUCCCGAGUUUAGAUGGAGUGAUUAUCCCGAGUAUACCGAAGAACUAACUGAAGCCGAAUAUUAUGGGGAUUUUGAUGAGUUUGAAAAUGUUUCGCCUUCUGAUUUUGUUUCGAUGGUGGAUAUUAAAUAUAAAGAUAAAAUAAUCUGCUCGAAGGUUAUUUGGGGCAUACCGAAUGCAAAUGGUUUUGAUGGUUGGUUUUCUAAUUGUCCGUUCCGGAUCGAUUUGUUUGACUUCACGGGUCAAGGCGAUGACCACACGGGUGGAGUUACUCUUUCUGUUACGGAUGGAUUGCCUGUGGUAACCUCAAUGGAAAGAGAGAGAAAAGACGGGAAACUUUGGAAACAGCUUUGCGAUGGAAUCAGGCUGAGUUGGAUAGUGGUCAACACAAAAGUCAAACAAGCAGCCAAUUUAUCAAGCUGGAGUCCGUUGACCGGUCAAAGACACUGGCCCACAGACAAAGAUUUCAUGCUCAGAUUCGGGUCGAUCCUCCCAGCCAAAGACAUUCUUCCAUGUCAGAUGGUGGAAUGCAUCCUCGCCAUGAAGUUUCAGGUGACCGGUGGGGCCCACACGACCCUGAAACUGACCGAACUUUGUAUGCAGUUAGAAGACAUGGAAGGUGCGCAUGUUAAUGGGAGGAACAGUUUGCUUGUGCUUAAACAAGGGUUGAGGUGUGAUAGAAGCAAGAAUUAUAGCUUGGCGCUUGAGUCUUGUUAUUUGUAUUCCAAAGCUCAGAGUGAGAUUAAAGAAGAAAAGCUGCGAUAUGAAAGUUGGUUGGAUCGAUUGUGGAUUUUUGGUGGCAUCACCACGUUUUUCGCCUUCUUAUGUUGCUAUUUCAUGUGAACUCCGAGGUUUGUUGAUUGGGAUUUCUUUUUGUUAUAAAUUCAAAAUUUUAUUCUUUUCAUAGGAUAGGAUUUAUCCCGCUUUUUAAUAACUUCUUGGGGUUUAUUGGUAGUGUAAGAAAGAUAAUAUAUACCUUCAUUAAAAGGGAUAAUGUCACUUAUAUAUAGGACCGACUAUUUUGUAUGUAUCCAAAAAAUUAUUCCUUUUUGCA